AUGACGUCAUCUGGGCUAUCCAAACUGGAAAAUCUUUUUCAAGAAGAUCCAUACUUGAAGCCACAUCGUGAUAAUUUUGUUGCAAGGUACGACCGAAUGAAGAACAUCUUGCAUCAUAUUAACGAAUUUAUGGGCGGGCUUGACAAUUUUACUCAGGGCUACAAGUAUUUUGGCUUUAAUCAAUUAGAGGAUGGCUCAAUAACCUAUCGAGAAUGGGCGCCAGCAGCUGCGAACCUUGCUUUAAUCGGAGAAUUUAAUCAAUGGAACAGAAAUUCACAUCAAUUAAAGAAAAAUGAAUUUGGUGUAUGGGAAAUUACUUUGCCGCCUAAAUCGAAUGGGACACCAGUUAUUCCUCAUGCUUCCCUUGUCAAGGUUGAGGUUACUUCAAUUCAUGGCGACAAGGUAGAUCAUAUAUCACCCUGGAUUAAGUAUGCCGUUCCUUCUAGAACGUAUUUGGCUUAUGAUGGUAUAUACUGGCAAACAGCACAACCAUACACGUUCAAAUAUCCAAAACCGAAAAAGCCUCUAUCGUUAAAAAUAUAUGAGUGUCAUGUCGGUAUCUCUUCGCCCGAGCCAAAAAUAGCCUCUUAUAACCACUUUAGAGAAAAAGUCCUACCUCGAAUUGCGGAUUUAGGGUAUAAUUGCAUACAAAUGAUGGCCGUUAUGGAACAUACUUACUAUGCAAGCUUUGGUUACCAAGUAACUAAUUUCUUUGCUGUAUCAAGUCGUUAUGGUACGCCUGAAGAAUUAAAAUCAUUAAUUGAUACAGCCCAUUCAAUGGGGAUAACAGUCCUUCUGGAUCUUGUCCAUAGUCACGCGUCUAAAAAUGUGUUAGAUGGAUUGAAUCAGUUUGACGGUACAGAUGCUUGUUAUUUCCAUUCUGGACCUCAAGGAAUGCAUCCCCUUUGGGAUAUACAACGAUUUCUGUUGUCCAAUUUACGCUGGUACAUGGAUAAUUACAUGUUUGACGGAUUUCGAUUUGAUGGCGUCACAUCAAUGUUAUAUCACAAUCAUGGUACCCAAGGAUUUAGCGGAAACUAUGAGGAAUAUUUUGGCCCUAAUACCGACAUUGAUGCAGUGGCAUACCUAAUGCUGGCUAAUUAUUUCUUGCAUACAUUCUAUCCGGAUGUCAUUACAAUUGCAGAGGACGUUUCAGGCAUGCCAGGAAUGUGUCGUGAAAUUGAAUACGGUGGCAUCGGCUUUGAUUACCGAUUGGCCAUGGCAAUUCCUGAUAUGUGGAUUAAAAUGCUUAAGGAAGAGAAGGAUGAGGAAUGGAAGAUGGGCCAUGUCACGUUUAUUUUGACAAAUCAUCGGUACAAGGAAAAAGUAAUUGCAUACGCAGAAAGCCACGAUCAAGCAUUGGUCGGUGAUAAGACUAUUGCUUUCUGGUUAAUGGAUAAGGAGAUGUACACGAAUAUGUCAAACCUGACCACAUUAACCCCAGUUAUAGAACGAGGUUUAGCUCUACACAAGAUGAUUAGGCUAAUAACCUUUGGCCUAGGAGGCCAGAGUUAUUUAAAUUUUUCUGGAAACGAGUUUGGUCACCCUGAAUGGUUAGAUUUUCCACGUGUAGGAAAUAACGAGAGCUACAGUUACGCUAGAAGGCAAUAUAAUUUAGUCGAUGAUGACUUGCUUCGUUAUCAGUAUCUUUAUCGAUUUGAUAAGGAAAUGAUACGCUUAGAAGAUAUAUACCCAUGGUUAUCAAGCGAUAAAAACUAUGUGAGUUGUAAUCACGAAGAUGAUAAAGUAAUAGUAUUUGAAAGAGAACAGUUGCUGUUUUGUUUUAAUUUUCAUCCAUACAAAAGUUUUCCGGAUUAUACGAUUGGUGCUGAUAGGGCUGGAAAAUAUCGAGUUGUUUUAGAUACAGAUCAUGAAAAAUUCGGAGGUCAGAAUCGAAUUAAUUACAACACGGAGUAUUUUACUACCCCAAAACCUUGGCAUAACCGGUCGAACUCCUUACAGGUAUAUUUACCAUGUCGGACCGCUUUCGUACUGGCACAGAGCACGAAGACAUGA